AGAAUUUCAGAAAUUCAGAAAAUUGGAUUGGAAAUUCAGUCAGUUGAAUUAAUUAAUGAUUGGAUUAUUUGUUCAUUUCUGGUUCAAGAAAUUGACAAGCAUGAUUUCGUUUCCAACCCAAAUACAAACGAUCAUUUUUUAAUUUCUUCCCCUUUUAUUAACUACCAAUUCGUUAGGUUGUUAAGCUCUCGCUUUCUCUUGUUGCCGAUCGCUGCAUUUCAUCCCUUUUCUUGUUGAGUUUGUUGGCCAGCAACCGAUCAUCUGAAAAAAGACUCGAUUUUUAGGCUUUUUGGAGUGAUGGGCUUCGGAGAUUUUAGUUGAGGGUGAGAAAUUGAGCUCAGCUCCCAAAUGGGUGUGAUGGAAAGUUGGAAAUUUUGGGGGGUUUUGCUUCGGAUUGGGUUUGGGGUUUUAGUGGUGACGUGGCCUGUGAGUGGUUUGAGGCCUUUGAGGCAGAGAAGGCCUUGGGGUGAAGAGUGGCUUCCUAUAGGUAAGGAAAAGCAAGAAUUGGGACCGUUUUCUUCUUGGAAUAUAACAGGGACCUAUAGAGGGAGCUGGAACUUUCCAGAUUCCGCAAAUAGCUCUUCCAAGUUUGCUGAUUUUAGGAAGUCGAGUGGCAAUUCAGUACUAGAACUAAUCAGUACACCAACAAAAAUAACGGGUGUACACUAUGUGCAGGGAGUUAUAAUUUUCCAUGACGUGUUUGACAACGAGAAUGAUGUUCGCGGAUCUCAAAUCAGGGUAGAGGGUGUGUAUAUAUGGCCUUUCCGACAACUAAGGAUGGUGGCUAACAGCGGAAAAGAGAGUGAGUUUGGGCAGGAAGAUGAUUAUUUAUUGUCGAACCCGUAUCACUUGCUCGGAGUUUUCUCGUCCCAGGUGUUUCAGGAAUCUCCGCGAGAAAAAAUCUGGAAGAGGAAACAUUCCCCAAUUUACGAAAUGGAGAAACACUGCAACAUUGAAAUCUCUGCGCAAAUUUCACGAUUGUCUUCUAGAAAUAAUGGUGGAGAUCAAGAUAAGUAUUAUCUAGAAGGACUAAUGGAGAGCCCUUCAGUGGAUGACGACGUUGAUUGCUUCUCGCCCAUGCUCCUAAAUGCGACUUCUGUCAACGUCGAGGUCUACUAUAACAAAGCAGUUAACUACACUUUGAUGGUCACCUUUAUAUCUUUCCUCGAAGUUCUGUUGUUGAUCCGGCAAAUGGAACACAGCAACACCCAAUCAGGGGCUGCCAAAGUUUCGCUUGUGAUGAUCGGUCAUCAGGCAAUAAUGGAUGCUUAUCUCUGCCUUCUGCAUCUCACGGCCGGAAUUUUAGUCGAAUCUCUAUUUAACGCUUUUGCAACUGCCGCGUUUUUCAAAUUCGUCGUCUUCUCAAUAUUCGAAAUGCGGUACCUACUUGCAAUAUGGAAGGCGAACAGGCCAUCAAUCAACGGAGAGAAUUGGGAGGCGAUGAGGCGCGAGCUCUCCGUUCUUUACAGCCGUUUUUACGGGAUCCUCUUGGGCGGCAUUCUUGUUAUGUACGAGUUUCACAAUUUUCUGCGGAUCAUCCUUCUCCUCCUCCACUCGUUCUGGAUUCCGCAAAUAGUGAUCAACGUAGUUCGUGACUCGAGGAAGCCAUUGCAUCCUCAUUACAUCCUAGGGAUGACUCUAACUCGAAUUUCUAUUCCGUUAUACGUAUUCGGCUGCCCACAUAAUUUCAUGCGAAUAGAGCCCGAUGGAACGUGGUGCAUCUGUUUAGCCCUUUUUAUGGGACUGCAAGUCUUCGUUCUUCUCCUCCAGCAUUACCUCGGAUCCCGUUGGUUCAUUCCUCGCCAGAUUUUACCGGAGAAAUAUAGCUACUAUAGGCGAUUCCUGCAAGGGUCGAACCACGCCACGGAUUGUGUCAUUUGCAUGACCACCAUCGACCUCAGCCAGCGCUCGAACGAUUGCAUGGUGACGCCGUGCGAUCAUUUCUUUCACGGCAGCUGUUUGCAGAGAUGGAUGGACAUAAAAAUGGAAUGCCCAACCUGCCGCCGUCCCCUUCCGCCUGCUUAGAAAUUGUCGAUUUUGUUACUAGACGAAAUCGAGCUUCUAGCUAACUUCCGUGCAACCAGACGCACCGGUACGUGCCUCUCCGACGACGUCCGGAGGCAACGGGCAGUGUAUGCUGUAUGUAAUAGAAAGACAGCAAAUGUAGAGUUCCAAAUUUGUUCCUAAUUGAUCUCUUGUUAGCCCAAUUUUAGGUAGGUUAAAGUGACAAAAUGCAUUAAAUGUUUGUUCUUGUAAAAGGGGAGAACAGCCUGUUUUAGAAACUGCAGAUGUAAUUUUUUCUCACUAUUUUCUGAAUGUAUAUAUACUUGCAUACAUACA